AUGACGCACGACGUCGAUGACCGACAGAGUAACUGGCAGGCCGUCACUGACAUGUUCAUUGCGAAGUACAGCCACCUGAUGCGUGUUCUGGCAUCGGGUCACCACCACUGGUUCGGACUGCUCUCUCCGGAUGCAGACGUCACGCGGAUCUGGGAUACAUUUGUUGACUACGAUGAAAGAAGUGUGGAUGCAGAGAUGGAGAGAUGCGCAACACAAUUCAUUCUCCUCAAUGCUGCAGAUGAUUCACAGGCACACCGUGCAGUGGAUACUGUUAGCAGUCAAGUUUGCACUAGCUUUGUGAAGGUCAUGAAGGCUGAUGAAUGUGGAAGGAGUGUCACGGUUGCCAUGAUGAUGAGUUCUGCCAGAUCCCGAUCUGGCGCUAGGGGUGGUGGGACGACUUUGACCACCCACAUUGUCACAAGUUAG